AUGGCUGAAUUUGAAUUUCGAGGAAUACUUUUGAAAAUGGUUGAGGACUUAUCUGAUUUGGAUAGACGAAAAUUCUAUUUUAUAUUAGGUGACAUUAUUCCACGACGUCUACGUGAUAAUGUAUCAAUUGAAAGUUCAAUAGAAGUAUUAGAAAUUUUAUUCGAUAUUUUAAGACUAUCUGAUAACACAUUAAGUUAUUUAAUCCAUGCCUUAGAACAAAUACAACGUUCCGACUGGUCUCAUAGAUUAAAUGAAUAUUAUCAAAAUAAAGACAGUAUAUUCGAUCUAUCAGUUAGUCAUGUAUGUUCUGAAUUGAGUACUUCAAAUAUCAGUCGAUCACCAAGUAUUUCUUCAUUACUCAGUGAUCUACGCGAUGAUAGUGCCAUAUUAAUUCAUUCUUACAAUCAAAGAAAAGUUGUUCUAAAAAAUUCAAACAAAGAAAAGAUUAAACAUAGUUAUAAUAAUGAACGCUUGGUGGGACGAUUAAGUCGGCCAUCUGUUGAUAAUUUUAAUGGUCAAUUGUAUGAUUAUUAUAGUCAACCACCAGAUAUGAUCGAUAAUGAUCUCAAUGAUGGCGAAAAUUAUUUAUGGCUAUCUCGUUCAAAAAAGUUUUGUUGUGCACCGCCAUUGUAG